AUUGGGAUCAUAGCUUUCACCUGGAUUCACCUUGUCAGUCUGUKACUCAGUGUAUAUACUGUCAUUAUAAAGAGAACAGUUGUCUAUAAUUUCCUCAAUGUGCAGUGCAUGCAUAGUAUGCAUAAUMUAGUGCACCAGGAUGUCAUGCUAACCACAUGAUCCAUCUGUCUACCCUUGUACUGCAGGUAAACAUGCGGAGGACAUCUUCGGAGAGCUGUUCAACGAGGCCAACACGUUCUACCUGAGAGCCAACUCCCUGCAGGACCGCAUCGACCGCCUGGCCGUCAAGGUCACCCAGCUGGACUCCACCGUGGAGGAAGUCUCUCUGCAGGACAUCAACAUGAAGAAGGCGUUUAAGAGCAGUACCGCCCAGGACCAGCAGGUGGUGUCCACGAGGAGCGUUCCCAUCCCUGUCAAGGAGAUGUACAACCUGAGUAACAAACCUCCACCUCUCAACAUCCUSUCCAAAUAUAGGGAUGACCACAAGGAGGGSCUGAAGUUCUACACUGACCCCUCCUACUUCUUCGACCUGUGGAGAGAGAAGAUGCUGCGGGACACAGAGGACAAGAGGAAGGAGAAGAGGAAGAACAAAGAGCAGAAGCGUUGUGUGGACGGGACGUUGCAGAGGGAGGUGAAGAAYGUGCGUAAGGCUCGGAACCGUCGUCAGGAGUGGAAUAUGUUGGCCCUGGAUAAGGAGCUGAGGCCUGACCACCACCACACACACUCGCUCCACCGGGGGGCCACCUGCGAGGGAUCACUCUCCCCUGAGAUGAGGGGUCUUGGGCCUGACCACCACCAACGCCACUACUCUCACUCAACCAAUCAUGCUGUCACGCCACACGUACCCGGCCCGCCUCCCAGUCUCCUGGCUGCUCAGCUGGCUGCUCAGGGAAACGCCACUCUGGACCAUGCCUACAGGGAUACAACCUGGGUCGCCCCCACAAUGCUCCGCCCCUCUCCCUCCCAUUGAGGACAUGAAUGAUCCAUACCCUACGACCUGUGGACUACAGUAUGGAGGGAUAUGGAAACGGCUCCCCUCCUCCUGCUCCUCUCAUGCCAUCUGCACAAUCUGCCUUUGCCACGCCCCCGGAGGCCACUUCCUCUUCCAGGUCUAAUGGAUCAGCUGUGUCUAUGCCCUCCCCACCGCCAAUUGCUGGGUCGCUGGUGGCUCCAACUCCCCAAUGCCUCCGCCCCUCCUCAGGCUCCUCCUACGCUACCACUCCAAGAUGUCCUCCGUGCAGCACAAUGCCCAGCCUGUUAAUGAUGCUCUAGUGA